UGUCGAUAUCGAGGAACAUACAUCUCUACUUAAACUGCAGUAUAGUCCAUGUGACAGCAGAGAUCUUUUUAUGCGCUGGCAUAUGACGAGUGCUCAAACGUUAAUCUGGGUUUGACUAUAGGACGGGUAUGCGUGCAUCUUCACGAAGCUCGGCUGGGAGUGUAAUGUUGGCUGGCUCACACCGCAAGGAAUCUCGUCAAUCGGCGUUACGCUUCUGUUCAUCACAUUCGACCUCUCCUGCCAGCCAUAACCAGAUUACGCAUCAAUCUACUAGCUGUCAUUCCACAAGUUUUACUCGUUGUCCAAGAUUGUACUCUGAGAUGCGGGUGUUGAUCCAUCGAAAUUGAAAUACUCGUCGACUGAAUGUAAAAGCCUGACCAAAUCCCUGAACGCCAUAUUGAAUCUUUCUCCUUUCCCUACCAUCCUGUAUGUUA